GCUUGUGUUGAGGGAGGCGUCACGUGUCCAGCUCCCGGGUCUCUGCUGGUCAUGUGGGCCAGAGCAGCGUGCUCUCCGCUCCCACCCCAGCCCGGCGCCCCCCUAGCAUGGCACCUGGCAAGUGCCCCCUCCUAUCCCCCUUCACUACGACUCUGCCGCGCGCCUCACUCCCCCGCCCCCACCAGAUGCGGCAGUGGAAAAUAUUCCCCUCUGGGCUUUCGUCUGAUAGAAACAGGAAAUACCAGACAUUUCACAUGUCCGAUAUUUCCUGGGUUUUUUUACCGGAUGGAUCCCACAAAUCCCAGACUAUCUGGGUGAUACCGGACACCUGGCAACCCUAUAAUACGUCCCUGCGACUUUGUUCCCCCGCCCUUUGCCCCAAGUGAAGACAAAAGCGACGAUCGUUCAAAACAGGUGGUGGGCCUAGCGUAGCAAUUACUGGGUGAAGCUCUCUGCUGUGUGCUAUGGAGGGGGUCCCAUUGGCUGAUCAUUAGGGUCUCUUCUGGCCAUUGAAUCUGUGAAUCCCAGGGCCUGUCUUCACUGCCUGCUGGCUGCACGGGCAGCGAUCUGCAAUGGGAGUGCAUGGACGUGAUCAGCCGACUGCCAAGCGCCCUCCUGUUGACUCUGGUACUUCACCAAAACAAAGAGUGUAGGCAGAGGUGCCUGGAGAGCGGCAGCUGUUGCUUUACACUGUGAAGACACCACGGCGAGCAGACCCAGUUUCUCACUUCUGUUCAUAUUCAAGUGACAGGAUCCGAGAACUAGCAAGACCAAAGAAGCCCAAAGCCGCCUGGGAGAACUAUAGUAGUCCCUUAGAAUGGGGGAACCAGGAGACCAUCUGGCCCCUCUCCCCGAGUGCUUUGACGGCCCGGCCGACACCACGGAUUAUGUCCCUGGCCAAGCCCAAGCAAAACGUUGAUGGGAACCUUCAGCGCAGGCGCCUCUACUUGUACAGCUGUGGCCGGGUGUCAGAGAUCUGGCAGUGCCCGCCCCGGGUGAAUGUAGCUUUACCGUUGCCUCGGACGCUGAAGCUGGCAGAACCUAAGAAAUACCAGGCAGCGUACUUCCAGCGAAGGCCUCGCAGUUCCCCGGAGUGGCUGGUGUCCACGGCGGCGCUCACCUGUGAGGCUUCCCAGCGGGUUCUGGAGCUCGCGCACCCCAAGUUAGUGCACCCUGACUUCCUGCUGGACAGAAAGGCUGAAACACAAAUUACAGGCACCGCCAGGAAGAUUCUCGCCCUUCCGCGAACACAGCGUCUGGCCCAGCCCAAGAGUCGGAAGAAUACCUUGUGCUACGACCGGGGAAGACCCGAGUGCAUGAUCCGCCCAGUACCCAGCGCCGCCCAGCAAGCCGUAGCAAGCGCUCGCACGCUGGCGUUGGCUAAAGCCAAGGGGGUGUCUCCGGAGUAUCUGCCUGUCCGGGACACCGAAUGGCUGGUGACCAAGGCAGCCAAGCGGGCAGUAGUGACGCCCAGGAUCGAGGUGCUCUCCCAGCCGUGCAAGAGGUACGUGCUCCCCCGCAGGCUGGGGGCAAGGCUGCAAGGCUGCGCAGAGAGCACUUUUCUGUGCCCCGUUCCUGCGUCUCACCCGCGGGGCUCUGGCCAGUGCAGGCAGCACAUGGCACUGUGCCAAGCAGAGUGAUUUCCUGUAGAACCCACGCGCUGGUUGUGCUGUUACAGCUGCCAGCGCACCCAGCAGUGGUGGAAUCUCAGCGCGGGAAGACGUGGCUUGGGACUGUCUCGCGGUGCACACAGGCUGAAAAGCGCUUGUACGGUUCCUGAGCCGGGAGAGCCACGCCGAGUGCCCGGCUGUAGCCCAUAGCUAGUAACGGCGCACAGCCCAGACAAUGGCAGUGCAGAAGUAUGGAUGACCUGGGCAGGCAUUGCCACCUUUCCUCCUGCACUGCUCUGGCGGGGCGCUGCCUGCAGACCUGGGUGCCUGGCCAGCAGCUGCCGCUCUCUAGCCGCCCACCUCUGAAGGCAGCUCACAAGUAAGGGUUGUAAUACCAUGAUCCUGCCCCUCACCCCUGCCACCACCCAGUUAGGGAAACGCUGGUCUCCCCUGCGGAAUCUGAAGAGUACAGGGUAAAAGUGCACAAAAGGGCAGAUGUCAUGGCCCAGGAUGUGCUUUUCACAGCCGUGAAUUUGGUAGGGCCCGACCUAUUUCAGGGCAGACUGCUAGAAAACGGGGCAGACAGCUCCCCCCAAACUGGAGGUAUAUUCUACGAUUUGAUUGCCCUGCGCCAAUAACCAAGCUGAAUGCCCGGGUCAGUAAAUCUGGAGUCAGACAGCCCCUGAGACCUCCAGCCUAUCUUGCCACCCAGAGAAACUGAACUUUGUGAUAAGAGGUUAUAGAAGCCAAACAUCACCUCCUGUUAGGUUACUCCUGACCCCUAAGGCUCAGCCACUUCCCCCAAACCAAUGGUACCCUGGACCUCCCAGCAAAGACAGUGCUGACAGCCAGUUCUCUAGUAAGCUGGCGAAAGGUUAAUUAGCUAAGAAAAAGAACGGAGAGUUACUGAGAGGUUAAAACAGGUAAAACAUAUGAACGGGCGAGUCAGUUUGUAAGGCCAAAUGUUAGUAGUAAUCUGCCAGUCUCCAAACUCUUUCAGGGUUACCCAGGGUAAUUGUGGGGAUCACCGGUAACUCACUCAAUAUUUCCACCCAGUCCAGAGAUGCAAGACUCAG